UAGUGUGCGCUAAUGAUGUAGCAAGUAGGCUACGUUUUCAAACUAGGUUACUUUAAUUGUCUUUUCUUUACAGUAGGUUAAAAUAUUUUUGCAUUCUGUCAAAUAUGCGAAGACCAAAAUACUUCACCCCAAAUGAGGUGUCACUUCACAACACUCCAGCCGACUUGUGGGUCUCAUACCUGGGCAAAGUGUACAAUUUGACACCGUUGCUGAAUGAGUUAAAAGGUGAUAUGCUUUUAAAGCCUAUCAUUGAGUGUGCAGGAAAGGACAUCAGCCAUUGGUUUGACCCCAAAACAAAAGAUAUCCUUACCCAUAUCGACCCACUGUCUGGCUGUGUGAGGUACUACACCCCUAGGGGGCGCUUUGUGCAUGUGCCGCCUCCAUGCCCUCGCACUGACUGGGCCAAUGACUUUGGCCGACCAUGGUGGAGGGAUACGCGCUAUGAAGUGGGACUGCUUUCUGUCAAGACCAGAUGGAUACGCAUCAUCAACACCCAGACUUCUCAAGAACAAGGACUGGAGGUGUGUUCUGAGGAAACCUUGAAUGAGAUUCUUCAGCGCUAUCUCCGCUACAACAUGCAUGCAGCCAGCUACACGUGGAAACACAACGGUGUCAAUCUGGACAUGAGCAAGACCCUGAGUGAGAACGACAUCGUCGACGAGGAUGAGGAGUUCUACAGUGGUCGCAUGGACCGUGACCACUUCUCCCAGUCGAUCUGUCUCUACUUCAACGAUGACCUCACCGAACUUUGACCAUUAAAACGGUGGGGAUAUUGCAAUGUGGUUGGGGUGUGUUCGAGCAGGGAGUGUAAUAAACGUACAUGUAGAAUAAUACCACAUAAUUAUUGUGUGGUAUAUUUGUGUUGAAACAUUAUUUCAGUAGGCUACUAGAAAGUAAAAAAAAUGGUGGCCAAACAUUUACUAUGCACUACAUUCUAUUUAGUUUCUUUUGUCCUUCAGUUUUCUACAUUAGGUCUAGAAUGAAUAAAUAAUUCAAUAAUAGUCUGCCAUAAAGCCAUUUGAAACCACACAGUUACCAUGGAGAUUACAGAAUAAAUAUGAUUAUAAGCAGCACUUCCUUUUAACAGCACCGUUGUGAGACUGUUAUGUGUCUCCUGUACAGAAUGUAAAAAACACCAAAUCGGUAGUGUGCUCAGUAACAAUAGAAGAAACUGGAGAAGCUUUAAAUGUUCACCUUUAGAUAACAUUGUUCAUCUAUUGUUCAUCUCUUUUCAAUUAUGAAUG